AUGCCUCCAAAAGAAGCUCCAAAGAAGUGGAAAGCUCCAAAGGGCCCUAAGCCGGUGCAUCACAAGAACAAGAACACCAUUGGUCUUGGUCGUUCGAUCCAAAACGCUCGUGCCAAUGAGAACAGGGUGGAGUUCUUGCCUGACGGUGAGAUGCGUUUCACCACGGACAAGCACGAAGCCAACUGGGUCAAGCUGAGAUCCGUUACCCAGGAAAAUGCGCUUGACGAGUUCUUGAACACCGCGGAGCUGGCCGACACUGAUUUCACGGCUGACAAGUACGCCCAGGUGAAGAUCAUAAAGGUUGAUACCUCUGUGAAUCCAUAUCUGUUAACUAAGGAACAGGAGAAGAAGAUCCGUGAAGUACAACAGCAGCACGAGAAUAAGCUUACAGUUCCAAGAAGACCUGAAUGGGAUGAAUCUCAAACCAAAUUUCAAAUCGACAGACAAGAGAAAGAGGCCUUUUUAAACUGGAGAAGAGAUCUUGCCAGACUACAGGAGAAUAACGACCUCUUGUUGACCCCAUUUGAGAGAAAUUUGGAGGUUUGGAGACAGCUGUGGAGAGUUGUCGAAAGAUCGGACCUUGUUGUGCAGAUUGUCGAUGCUAGAAACCCAUUGUUGUUCAGAUCACCAGAUUUGGAUGUAUACGUCAAAGAGCUGGACGAGAGAAAGAAGUCGUUGCUUCUUGUUAACAAGGCCGAUCUCCUGACUCCAAAUCAGAGAAAAGCUUGGGCUAACUAUUUCAAGGCAAAGGGUAUAAACUAUACAUUCUUCAGUGCAUUUGAAGCUAAUGAACGCUUGGAGAAGCAGGCCAAUGGUGAAGAGAUUUUGGAAACUGAAGAAGAUGCCGUUGCUGAUGAAGAUAUUAGAAUCUUGAAGAUUGAAGAGCUGGAAGAACUGUUCAUGACCGAAGCUCCAGAACCUUUAACCGUACCACAGAACGGUUCUGAUCCUAUUCUACAGAUUGGUCUUGUUGGUUAUCCAAACGUCGGUAAGUCCUCGACCAUCAAUGCUUUGAUUGGGGCUAAGAAGGUUUCCGUGUCGUCAACUCCUGGUAAGACGAAACAUUUCCAAACCAUCCAUCUGUCUGAUAAAGUGCUUCUCUGUGAUUGUCCAGGUCUUGUCUUCCCAAACUUUGCCUUUACGAAUGGUGAACUGGUCUGUUCAGGUGUCUUGCCAAUCGAUCAACUUAGAGAGUAUACCGGUCCUACCCAGUUGGUUGCACAGAGAAUCCCAAAGUACUUCUUAGAAGCUGUUUACGGUAUCGCAAUCCCAAUAAAACCAAUUGAGGAUGGUGGUGAUGGUAUUCCAACUGCACAGGAAUUGCUCGUUGCCUAUGCUAGAGCAAGAGGUUAUAUGACUCAAGGUUUUGGUAGUGCUGAUGAGCCAAGAUCUGCUAGAUAUAUUUUGAAGGACUACGUCAACGGUAAACUGCUGUAUGUCCAUCCUCCACCGUCAUUGGAUGGAGAACCUUUAACUGAUGAUUUCAAGCGUGAAUUCAACAAAGAGUUAUACACCAUAGACUCCCUUGCAGAGAACAGAAGGGAUCAAAUCUUGAGUGCUGCUAGAUCUAAAGGCUUGAACAAUGUUGAUCUAUCGAAGGACCUCGAGGCAUUGUCGUUCUCUAGUCACGUUGCAGGUGAUGAGACUACAAAAUCCAAGACUAUGAACCAUGGAGGUAGCCAGGCUGCCAUCUACAACGCUACAGAGGACUUGGAUAGAGAAUUCUUUCAGAUGAAUAGCGUCAAGGGCAAAUUUGUAACGCCGUUCCAUCUAAAGCAACAGGGAUCAGCUGAAGGCUCAAGUUCUGGUGCAAAGAAGCAUAACAAGAAGAACAAGAAGCAGUUGAAGAAGAUUAGAGCCCCAUCUAAUUUUUGA